AUGCCAGGUGCAACCAUCUGUAAAUGUGUGAACAGAACAACCGCAACUUUCAUCGCAGGGGCACUAGGUGUUGGUGUGCAUUGGAAACAUUUACCAUUGCUUUGUUUUGUUACAGCUUCAUCAACAACUUUCCUUCGGUUCCUCCCAUCAGUAAAAAAACAUUUCGACCAUGGAGCUCUCAUCUUUAUCUUUACCUACAUACUCAUCUCGGUCUCUGGAUAUCGCGUGCCAGACUUGUUUGACUUUGCACAACACAGACUGUCCAAUGUUGCGAUUGGCACCUCCAUCUGUGUUGUCACCAGCAUCUUCUGCUGUCCUGUUUGGGCGGGAAACGAGCUUCACAGCCUCAUUCUAAACAACAUGGAAAAACUUGCUGACUCUUUGGAUGCAUAUGUAACAGUAUACCUCCGGGAUGAUGCGGAUGAAGAUGCAGACGACAUGAAGAAGGAAGCUUCUAAGGAGAAACUGGUAGGAUACAGAAGCGUUCUUGAUUCCAUGUCUACUGAAGAAUCCUUGGUUAAUUAUGCGAGAUGGGAGCCUGCUCAUGGAUGCUUCAGUUUCAAACAUCCUUGGAAGGAUUACCUCGAGCUUGGGGCUUUACUCAGAAGUUACGCUAACUGCAUCGACGCCCUCUCUGGUAUUGUCUCGGACACAAAGGCGCCAGCUUUCUUGAAGAGGCAAUUCAGCACCGUGUGUCUGAAGCUGAGCUUGAAUUCCUCAGCAGUCCUACGGGAGUUGGUGGUCGUUGUCCGCACAUCAGCAGAAUCACCCAAGAUCGGUCUUAGGCUAAAAGAGAUGUGUGUGGCAGUUCAAGAACUACAUAACGGUCUCAAUGCGCUGUCUAACCAAAACGCUGUAGCAACAGAAACGAAACCAGAGGAGCUUAGUGAAGGCAAGGGAGAGUCAAAUGUCUUACCAUUUGUAGCAAUUGUCCAGCUAGUCACAUUGUCAUCACUGUUGAUAGAGAUAGUUGCAAGAACAGAGAAACUAGUAAAGGCUGUAAAUAUACUGGCUCAUAAAGUAACUAGUUCAGAGUAG